AUCUUUCGGCGUUUGUUUACGUUUUAUUGAUCUAAAUAUUGUAAAUUCGCAACAUUUUUCCGGAAAUUCGUUCCGAUGAAAAUCAGUCGCAAGCGGUCCACAUCCGAGCGGCGGUCACGGAAAGAUUCGAGUGGGUCGUCGUGUUCGUCUUCGUCCCGGUCGUCUAGAAGUAGCAGCAACAGCAGCUCCUCAGGAAGUUCUCGAAGCAGCAGCAGCAGCCCGGAACGUAAAAAGUCCAGGAAAUUAGCUCGAGCUGAGAGAAAAGAACGACGCAAACAGAAGAAGGCCGAAAAGAAAGAAGCCCGACGGCAACGCCGGGAAGCCAAACGUCUGCGAAAGGCCGUGAAGAAACAGGAAAAAGAAGCGAGAAAGGCUGAGAAGCGUUUGAAAAAGCAACAAAAAAAGGAACUCAAGGAAGCUAAGAGGCAGCGGAAACUUACUGAAGGAUGUAGUAGUAAAAUCGAUUGUGGAGUUCCGGUGGACUUGAUGAAUACGAAGGCACGUGCGCCCGAAACUAAAGAAGAAUACGAAGCCAGACAAUCCGUUAUUAGGAGGGUAGUUGAUCCGGAAACUGGUAGGGCCCGUCUAGUCAAAGGAGAUGGAGAAAUUAUCGAAGAAUGUGUAAGCAGAGAUCGUCACAAGGAAAUCAACAAACAAGCCACCACAGGAGAUGGGGCGGAGUUUCAACGAAAAACUGUCGGAUGGAACGUUGGGUAACGUACAAUAAUGACUUAGCUUGCUAUUUAUAACUUAAGGUUUUUUUUCGAAUCAGAAAAAAGUAUUUUAAC